GAGUCGCAUCUUAACGACGUCGUACGCUGAGAAACAUGUCGGAGAGGAAGCGGAGGGCAAGGAGAAGCCGCAGUAGUAGUAGUAGCAGUAGCAGUUCUUCCUCGUCCUCCAAUGAGCCACAAAAGCGAGAAGAGGAGAAAGAGGAAGAACAGGCAAGCUGGAUAGGACCGCUUCCAACAGAGGCGACGCAGAGCAAGAAGAGGAGAGUUCUAGAGUUUGAGCAUGUUUACUUAGACAACCUGCCAAGUGCUUCAAUGUAUGAGCGCAGCUACAUGCAUCGGGAUGUUAUCACCCACAUUGUAUGCACCAAGACAGACUUCAUCAUAACUGCUAGCCAUGAUGGGCAUGUGAAGUUCUGGAAAAAAGUGGAAGAAGGAAUUGAGUUUGUGAAACAUUUUCGGAGUCAUUUAGGUGUUAUAGAAAGCAUUGCAGCCAGUUCAGAGGGGGCCCUACUGUGCUCAGUGGGUGAGGAUCAAGCAAUGAAAGUCUUUGAUGUGGUCAACUUUGACAUGAUCAAUAUGUUAAAGCUUGGCUAUCACCCCGGGCAGUCGGAAUGGGUAUACUGUCCUGGAGAUGCAAUUUCGGCUGUGGCAUGUUCUGAAAAAAGCACAGGGAAGAUCUUUAUUUAUGAUGGACGAGGAGAUAAUACACAAUUGCAUGUGUUCAACAAGAUGCACUCCUCACCUCUAACAGCAAUCCAGCUGAACCCAGCGUACAAAGUGGUUGUAUCGUCAGACAAGAGUGGGAUGAUUGAGUAUUGGACUGGACCUCCCCGUGGGUACAAAUUCCCAAAUAACAUUAACUGGGAGUACAAAACGGACACUGACCUUUAUGAGUUUGCCAAGUGUAAGACAUGUUUGACUGGAAUCAAUUUCUCCCCGGAUGGUACAAAGAUGGCCACUAUUGGAGCUGACAGGAAAGUGCGCAUUUUUCGUUUUUUAACUGGGAAGCUAAUGAGAGUUUUUGAUGAAUCCUUGAGUAUGUUUACAGAGUUGCAGCAGAUGAGACAACAGCUCCCAGACAUGGAGUUUGGGAGACGCAUGGCUGUGGAAAGGGAAUUGGAGAAAGUGGAUGCCAUUAAACGAAUGAACAUCAUUUUUGAUGAGACCGGCCAUUUUGUGUUGUAUGGGACAAUGCUCGGCAUUAAAGUGAUUAAUGUAGAAACAAAUAGGUGUGUGCGGAUCCUCGGCAAGCAGGAAAACAUCAGGGCGAUGCAGCUUGCGUUGUUCCAGGGAGCAGCUAAAAAGCACCGUGCCGCUACCACCAUAGAGAUGAAGGCUUCAGAUAAUCCCGCCCUUAUGAACAUCCAGCCUGACCCCACCAUCGUGUGCACCUCCUUCAAAAAGAAUCGCUUUUACAUGUUUACCAAGCGAGAGCCAGAGGACACAAAAAGUGCUGAGUCCGACAGGGAUGUUUUCAAUGAGAAGCCAUCAAAAGAAGAAGUUAUGGCUGCCACACAGGCCGAUGGGCCAAAACGUGUUUCUGACAGCGCCACCAUCCAUACAAGCAUGGGAGAUAUUCAUGUCAAACUGUUUCCUGUCGAGUGUCCCAAAACUGUGGAGAACUUCUGCGUGCACAGCCGCAAUGGUUACUACAAUAGCCACGUCUUUCACAGACUCAUUAAGGGGUUCAUGAUUCAAACAGGAGAUCCUACAGGAACUGGAAUGGGCGGAGAAAGUAUUUGGGGUGGAGAGUUUGAAGAUGAGUUUCAUGCCACGCUAAGACAUGACCGACCCUACACUCUCAGUAUGGCCAAUGCUGGCCCGGGCACCAAUGGCUCUCAAUUCUUCAUGACUGUGGUGCCAACUCCUUGGCUCGACAACAAACACACAGUGUUCGGGCGGGUAACCAAAGGAAUGGAAGUCGUCCAGAGGAUCUCAAACGUCAAAGUUAACCCUAAGACAGAUAAGCCAUACGAAGACAUCACCAUUAUUAGCAUCACUGUCAAAUAGCUGGGUGUGUUUUUUAAUUCUGUGUCAUAUGUACAGAUGGCGUGUGCGUGUGUUUUAUUGUUUGGCAGACUCUGUUAUUGACAUCUUUUAGUGAACCUGUGUUUUAUAAAAUAAAAUGUCUAGAUCUCUGUACUUUUGUAUGGGAUCACCAAUUUUUAUAUUUAUAUAAUUAUAUUGAUUAUGAAUU